AAGGUAUUUAAAAGUGGGUUAUUUGAAAUUAAACAGGCCAGGAUCGCAGUCGCUGAGGAGAAUCGCUUCCGCCUGUCGAGUAAUAAAUAUAGUUAUUCAUGAGUUUUCUCGAUAUUAAAUAUCACACACGACGGAUUUAGUCGAUGGUAACGUGUUAUUAAUACGGCGAGGAGGAAAUCAUCGUGUUUCUGUCGUAUUUUGAGGAGGAUUUGUCGUGUGGAAACGGCUGACGGAGAAUAUGGAAACAGCUUCAAGAACCAAAUCAAGCAAAGAUCUGAAGAUUCAACGACCUGAAAAUGAGAAGGGUUCUGUCAGCGGACCCAAAAGAGUUCCGGUGACACAGAGCACCCAGAAGCCCGUGUCGACCCCGCACACGCGUGUUCUCGGGACGGCACAUGGACCGCAACGCAUUCAGCGUCCUGUGAGUCAGCAGAAGCCCGCUGGAGUCUCGGUUCCUGUGAAAACCUCGUGUCCUGGAGACCAGAAUGUCAAUCCAGAUCAACUCAAAACAACAACGCAACACAAACCGCAACCAAAGCCGGUUCAUGUAAUUGAGCCUAAUAAAGCGUCCGAACCCAGCAAGCAGGACAAACCUCCCCAAACUCCUUCCAAUGGAACGUCCAAUACUUCCAAGAAAGCGUGGAGUUUAGAGAAUUUCGACAUUGGCCGAGCUCUGGGCAAAGGCAAGUUUGGGAGUGUGUAUCUAGCCAGGGAACGUCAGACCAAGUUUAUCUUGGCGCUCAAGGUUCUGUUUAAAAAGCAGCUGGAAAAAGCCGGCGUGGAGCACCAGCUGCGGCGGGAGGUGGAGAUCCAGUCUCAUCUCAGACAUCCCAAUAUCCUGCGUCUCUAUGGUUACUUCCACGACACGUCACGUGUUUAUCUCAUCCUAGAGUUUGCUCCCAAAGGAGAGCUGUACGGAGAGCUGCAGCGCUGCGGGACUUUCGAUGACCAGCGAAGUGCCACUUAUAUAAUGGAGCUUGCAGAUGCCCUGAGCUACUGCCACUCAAAGAACGUGAUCCACAGAGACAUUAAACCUGAGAACCUGCUGCUGGGGGCCAAUGGAGAGCUGAAGAUCGCAGACUUUGGAUGGUCUGUCCACACGCCCUCCUCCAGGAGGUCGACGCUGUGCGGUACACUGGACUACCUUCCUCCGGAGAUGAUCGAAGGCAAAACGCAUGAUGAGAAGGUUGAUCUCUGGAGUCUUGGCGUGCUUUGCUAUGAGUUUUUGGUUGGCCGUCCACCUUUUGAAACAAAGAGCCAUGAAGAGACGUACCGCAAGAUUUCUAGAGUUGAGUUUACCUAUCCAGCGCAUGUAAGCGAGGGCAGCAGAGACCUGAUCAAUAGACUACUAAAGCAUAACCCAAUGCACCGACUUCCCAUCCAGGGAGUAAUGGUUCACCCUUGGGUUGUGGAGAACUCCACCAAAAAGCCAACCACUCGCACAGCCGCCGACAACUGAGGACAUGCUGGUAUUGCAGUUUGAAAUUUUCACUCUUCAGAUGGGAAUUUUUGGAACAAAACAGACUGAUGUGGCAGUAAUUUGUCUUGUUGAUCUUUCCUGCCACUCUUUGGCAAACUUUAUAAUUUGUAUGUUGCUUUUUUGUGUUUGUGCUCUUCACAUGCUACAAUUUACAUGCAUUUGUAAAUAUGUAAUUAAGACACAAAUUGUAAAGUUUUAACCAUUACUUGAAACAAUAAAUAUUCUCUUUUUU